UGGAGCAGAUUGAUGCCGGGUGAUACUCCACCCGAUGCAAUUCUCACCCAUUUUCAUAUAAGCAUUCUAAAAAAAACGAGAGAAAAAAAACGGCUGAAGAAACAGCAAGUCGGUGACAUCAAAGUGAGAUUAUAGCAAUCGGAAGCCGGAGAGUGAGAUCCACCGCUGCAGUGAAACACAAUUUCAAUUUCCAAUGUCGAAUUCCCCAAUCGUCAAACAUGUUUCAGAAUGCUUCAUCAAGCCAAAACUCAACGACGAUUAUUCGAAACAGCCUUACUAUUUGUCACCUGGUGAUCUAGCCAUGCUCUCAGCUCACUACAUUCAAAAGGGACUUCUUUUCACCAAAUCUUCAGCAACAGAUCAAGAUUUCAGCAUUCAGACUUUCCUAGAAAAGCUCAAGGAUUCUCUAACUCGUACUCUUGUCCACUUUUAUCCAUUGGCAGGCCAGCUUGCCACUCAGAUAGAUGAACAUCAGCAUUCUAGCUUCAUCUUUAUCGAUUGCGAAAAAGGUCCUGGUGCUAGAUUUAUUCAUGCAACUCUAAAUAUGACCAUCCAUGAUAUUCUGUCUCCUAUUGACGUGCCUGUAGUAGUGAAAUCGUUCUUCGAUCACCAUAAGUCUGUCAACCAUGAUGGGCAUACUAGGCCUUUGUUAUCUGUUCAGGUAACAGAGCUUGUAGAUGGGAUUUUCAUAGGCUGUUCAAUGAAUCAUUCAGUAGCAGAUGGAACUUCUUACUGGAAUUUCUGGAACAUAUGGUCAGAAAUACAUAUGCAACACAAUCCUAACUCAAAAUCGAAGCUACCAAUUCAUAAACGAUGGUUUCCUGAAGGAUAUGGUCCACGGGUUACCCUUCCCUUCACACAUACUGAUGAAUUCAUAAGCAGAUAUGAGGUACCUCAAUUAAGAGAAAGAAUCUUCCAUUUCUCGUCAGAAUCUAUAUCAAAGCUCAAGAUGAAGGCAAAUAUAGACGUUGAGGAUACGGAUAAAGAGAUCUCGUCAUUGCAAGCAUUGUCUGCACUAGUCUGGAAGUCUAUUACCAGGGUACGCUGUUUAUCUGGUGAUGAAAAGAUUACCUGCACCAUGGAUGCUAACCUGAGGCAGAGGAUAGACCCUCAGUUGCCACAGGGUUAUUUUGGGAAUUCCAUUUGGGUGGCUAAAGCUACCGCUACAGCUGAUCAAGUCAACGAACAUAGUUUAGGAUGGGUGGCUGAAUUGCUGCAGAAAGCAGUAAUGGAGCUGACUGAUAAAACAGUGAAGAGUGUGUUUGAAGCAUGGAUGAAGUCUCCUUUUGUAUAUCAGAUUGAUGCUUUCUUCGAGCCAAACAGCACCGUGAUUGGUAGCUCACCGAGAUUUGAUAUGUUCGGGAAUGAUUUCGGAGUUGGUAAACCGGUGGUGGUUCGCAGUGGGUAUGCUAACAAGUUUCCUGGUAAAGUGACUACAUAUCCAGGAAGUGAAGGGAGACGAAGCAUAGCUUUAGAAAUAUGUCUACCACCUGAUGUCAUGACUGCUCUUGAAUCAGAUGAUGAGUUCAGGAGCUAUAGUAUACAUGUUUAGCUGAUCAAAAGGUUUUGCGUGCAUAAUAAAUUUAUUGUACACAAAUAUAACUUUUAUCUAAUUUUUUUUGUAACUUUUAAUAUAUUUUAAUUAACUUUUAUAUAAUAAAAUAAAAAGUUGAUAGAUAAAUAUUUUAAAU